AUGGGAAAGCCAACUGUUGAUGACCUUCUUGAGGCCUCCGUAACCAUCCUUAGCGCCGGUGGAAAGGCAAUAAGUGCUGCGGGCGUCCCCGGUGUUGGACAGGCCUGCGAGUUGCUGCUGGCCUUCAUCCAUGCCAUUCAGAAUAUGAAGGGGAACAACGCCAAACGGCUGGAAAUCUCAAAUGAAAUCGAAGCUCUCGCACGUAUCGUAGCCGAUAUCGCGGAGAAGGCAUCAAAGAAUAAGAAUAUAUAUUCGCGCGCGUUGGAGGAUAGGAUGAUGCAGCUUAAUUCGGAACUAGUGCAGUACGAGCAAGUGGCAUCUCGGUUGGCAACCAUGAGAGCUCCCGAAAGACUCUUGCGAAAUGAAGCAAUUUCCGGUGCAUUGGCGGGCUUGGCCAACGGGGUGAAGAUGUCUUGCGAACGAACUAAUACCCUGGCGCUCUCUCAAAUUGAGCUCAACCAGGCUCAUCAAGGACAGGUUCUCGACAAUAUUCACAACGGCUUCCUCAAGUCCUCUAAAGCCGAAAUUGAUCCUUCCACUUCGUUACCCUUCGCAAAUGCUGGUUUCGAUUCUAUCAACGUCGACAACAAAUCCGAGGUGCUCCCCGGGACACGGGUUGCCAUUAUGGAACAGGUCGAUAGGUGGGCGACCUCAACCUGCCAGGAGCGAGUAUUCUGGCUCAGGGGAGCAGCUGGAACGGGCAAGUCAACCAUAGCUAAAUCAGUUGCGGCCAAGUUCAGCAAGGCGAAGCAACUCGGCGCUUCGUUCUUCUUCGUUCAAGACGUUCAGGAUUUAGGGGAUACGAGGCUGCUCAUCACUACGAUUGCUUGUCAUCUGGCGCGCUUGGACGGACCAGUUGGUGCGGCAAUCAAGGCUGCGGCUCGUCAACAACCCCCUGGGCUGAAGGGAGUCUGGUGGCAAGUCAAUGAGCUGCUCCGCGAACCUAUUAAGGACCUUAAACCGCAGCCAGAACCUAUCGUCAUUGUCAUCGACGCACUGGACGAAGCUUCCGAUCGUGACUCUGUUGUUACCAGCCUCCGGCUUCUUACCACGCAACUGAUCACCCUACCAGUCAACAUCAAACUGUUCGUAACUAGCCGCCCAGAUCCUCGAAUCGAAUCGGUCCUCAGCGGCGCAUCGCUGCUCGUUUUACACGACAUCGAAAAGACCAUAUUGGAUCACGAUAUCAAGCUGUACAUCGAAUAUGCGUUCCGUGAGAUUCAAGAUUCGAAACAGGCGUUUCAAUACACAUCUGAGGAUAUUCAGUCGCUCGUCGAGCACUCUGGGGGGCUCUUCAUCUAUGUUUCAACGGCGAUUAAGGUAUUAAAAGACUCCAUCGACCCUUCCAAAGCACUGCAGGGCCUCUUCACGCGUAAAUCAGACCGCAUGCUUGAUGAGCUGUAUCUACAAGUCCUCGAGAGAGCGUUUGGCGCUCAUGACGUGAACAGCGACAUCAGUGGGAACAGGGAUGCAUGGAACGAAAGGCUACGAAUACUCGGUAUUAUUGUCCUGAGUCAAGACAGACACCCCUGCUCGACGUUGGCAGAUCUUCUGGACAAAAGAACGCCAGCAAUACGCGACGCUCUCAGCCACCUUGGUGCCGUCAUCUUGGUGCCGCAAGAUGACGACCUACCAGUUCGCAUCCUCCACGCUUCAUUCACCGACUUCAUCGUAGACGCAACUCGGUGUACCAACCGCCAGUUCGCCAUCAACACAACUGAGCUCCACUCAUUUCUCGCUGAAGAAUGCAUCCAUCAUAUGAACCGGCUUCUCGUAGAGAAUCCAUGCAACAUCUCGGAUCCCUACGCUCUCAAUUCCGAUGUUCCUGAUCUAGACGAACGAAUCAACCAAUUCCUACCACGUCACCUCCAGUACGCAUCACGCAGCUGGGCGUAUCACCUAUCUCUCUCGACCUAUUCCACCUCGUUGAAGGAACAGCUACGUGUUUUCUGCAAGAUCCAUCUUUUGGAAUGGCUGGAGGUCAUGAGCCUUUUCGGGCGUGUGGACCUGGCAAGCGCGCAUCUGGACAGAGCUUUCAAAUGGAUUAAGGCUAAUGAAGCUUUACCCUCUGCCACCAAAACAAGGUUGUUCCUUAGGAUGGAGGUCGGCUCGAUAAUAUUACGAUCAUUGGGCUCAACUCUGAUUACUUGA